ACACUCAAGUUCUCCCAAGAGUUGGCACAAACAAAAAAUCAUCAACUUUCAUCAUUUUCAGCCGAUUACUCUAAUCUUUUCCAAAUGAAUAAUUUUUUAACUGAUUUAACUCUUGAGAAGAAGGAAUGGUUUGUAGUUGUUAAGAUCUUGAGCAUUUGGAAUCAUCCUCCCAAGCAUCCCAAUGAUCACACUACCAUGAUUUUGGUGGAUAACAAGUGUCUUGCUUUUCCAAGGAUCAAUAAUCCAUCAGAAGAAGAUAAGCAAUUCGUUGUUGUUGGAGUGGUUAGGAGUGUCUCUCCUAUUGGAAGACUACUUGAAGGAGGCAGUGAUUUGGAUUCAAGCUAUGUUACUUUCAAAUUAAAGGACCUUGCUGGCCAUUCCAUUAAUUGUGUUGCAAAAGGAAGUUUCUGUGAAGAAUUUGUUAGGAAGUAUUCUAGAAGAAUAAGUGAUGUGAAUUAUCACAAUCAACCAAUCAUGGUUGUUCUGCGUUUUUGGAGGAUAUCAGAGUUUGGAGGUAAACCUUGCUUGAUUACGAAAGGAGGUUGUCCAAGAAUGUUCAUCGAUGAAAAUUUCGCUGACAUUAACAGAGACUGCUACAUCUGCUUUUUCACUGCUGGAAAUAAAGAAACAGCAUCCUCAGAUAAUGACAAUGUUUCUGAUGAAGAGGGCCACUUGCUUUGUUUUCUUAUUCACGGGUUUUGUCUAUUAGCGUCACUCUUACAACAUUUAAAGGGACAAAGAAUUGAUGCUACGGUUCCUACAAUUGCAAUCAAAAGGAACUUCCCUAGAGAGCUCAGAGAAGGACAGUGGUACCUUUUGUCGGAAUUUGAUGUGAUUCCACCUUCAUUGCCCGAAAGAAACUCUGAUCAUUUUUACCAGAUUAGCUGUAAUAGGAACACAGAGGUGGAUCCUGUCAGACCAAAAUCACAAUCCGAUUUUUUUAAUUGUGUGGAUUUUUUCAGUAUCAAUAAUGCAUCAGAAGAAGACAAACAAUAUGUUGUUGAUGUAUGUGGAGUGGUUGUCAGUGUAUCUCCUGUUGGAAGACUUCUGGAAGGUGGAAGUGACAUGGAUUCAAGAUAUGUUACUUUCACACUGAAGGAUACUAUUGGCCAUUACUUGAAUUGUGUGGCAAAAGGAAAUUUCUGUGAAGAAUUUGUAAGGAAGUAUUCUAGAAGAAUAAGUGAUGUGGAUUAUCACAAUGAACCAAUCAUGAUUGUUCUGCGAUUUUGGAGGAUUUCACUUUUUCAAGGUAAACCUUGCUUGAUUACUGGUGUAGGUUGUCCAAGAAUUUUCUUUGAUCCAAAUUUCCAUGACAUCAACAGACAGAAAUUCAUGAAGUGUUACACUCAGGGAAAUGGUGAAUUCACACCCUCAGAUGAUGACGAUGUUUUUAUGGAAGAAGUUGAUUCAAACUAAUACAUCACUUCUGAGUGGAUUGUUUUCUCAAUAUUCCCCCUAUGUUUUAUUUUAUCUUGCUUUUCAUUUAUGUAUGCUUUGUAAAACUUAAUAUUAAAUGUGCUAUUAGCAC